GAUUCGGCGGUGCGAUGCUCUCUACUUUGUAUCAUUCACGUUUGCACGUUUGUUUAUAUCUGCUCAAUGCGGCAAUUCCUCACAGUAGUUGCGUUGCGCGUGACAUGAACUAUACAAAGUAGACGCAGCAACAACGUAGCCUGGCAACGAAGCGUCAACGAUGGAUCCCGAAUACCUAGCACUAGGCAUUAUGUUGGCGGUCCUCUUCACAGAGACGAAAAAGAAGAAAAAGAAGAAAAGAUUGUGGACUCGUUCUUGGGUUGCAAGAAGAGGAGAGCUCGGGAUGUCGGUGCUACUUACCGAACUGGAGGAGACUGAUAGGAAAGGGUUCCGUGAGUUCCUGAGGAUGAGCGUCGAGGACUUUCAACUCCUUCUGGGGAAAGUUGAGCCUCUCAUCAAAAAGACGGACACAAAAAUGAGAAGGGCCAUCAGUGCCCGACAGAGAUUGUCCUUAACCCUCAGAUUCCUUGCAACUGGGGAGUCUUUCAGGUCACUGAGCUUCCAGUACAGGAUUGGCAGGUCUACUGUUGGCUUGAUUGUAAUGGAGACCUGCCAAGCAUUGUACAAUGUUUUGAAGGAAGAUCACAUGAAGACACCAACAACUGAGUCAGAGUGGCGAGAGAUAGCGAGCGGAUUCGAAGACAAAUGGCAAUUUCCUCAUUGCUUAGGUGCAAUUGAUGGGAAACACAUCUACAUUCAGCCCCCUGCCAAAUCAGGAAGUUCGUUUUAUAAUUACAAAGGCAGGUUCUCAAUUGUGCUAAUGGCAGUUGUAGAUGCCAACUACAAAUUCAUUUAUGCAAGUGUUGGCACUCAAGGCCGAAUGUCGGACGCAAGUCUGUUUGGACACUCAGAUCUCCGCAGUGCCAUGGACAGGGACCUGUUACAUUUUCCCCGCCCUGAGCCACUUCCCAAUACAGAUUUAAUCAUGCCCUAUAUGUUUGUUGGUGAUGAAGCCUUCCCUCUCCGUUCUGACCUUAUCAAGCCCUAUCCCCACAGAAACCUUGAUCAUGGACAGCGAAUUUUCAAUUAUAGAUUAUGUAGAGCAAGGCGAACUGUGGAAAAUGCAUUUGGCAUAUUGGCAAAUCGAUUACGUGUGUUCCUAACAAAUAUUUCUAUUGAACCAGAUAAGGUAGCUUGCAUCACCCUUGCUGCCCUUGCCCUCCACAAUUUCCUGAGGGAAAAAUCAGAGGCCUACGUGCCUCCUGUCUUUGUGGACAGAGAGGACGAGAACCACCGAGUCAUUGCCGGAACAUGGCGAAGAGGUGGAGAUCUUGACUCUGUGGCAUUGAGUAGGGCGCGGAAUGCCACAACCACUGCUAAAGACCAGCGUGACCUGCUGAAGGCAUAUUUUCAAUCCUCUGAAGGAUCCGUUGAUUGGCAGGAGGAUAUGAUUUGA